GUCUGUGACAGAAGUAUCUGGUCAACCGCUCUCAACGCGCAACGUUCGUCACUCCUGUCUCGAAAGACGCUCCCUGUGCGUGCGUGGAUGUGCCGAGGGGGUUUUAGACGGGUUGUGGUCUCGCGCGCGAGCUCAUGCUUGGAACGAGCCGAGAGGACUCCGUUCGCAGAAUUGUCAGUCGCUAGUAAUUAGUACAGGCAGUAGACUAUGACGGUGCUACGACAUGGAGAGCUGCGCACUGUGAUCGCUUUCGUGGGUCUCAAUACGUUGUUGUGUCUGUCUGUAGGCCCCGUUUACGACUUCGUCUGCGAUCUGCCGUAUUGGGAGCGUCGAAGAGAGAGGCGCAGGCAGGAGCGUGAAACUGCCGCAGCCCUGGAGAGAAGUACACAACGCAACGCUGUUACGCAGGAAGAUAGCGGGAACUGAAUCUCUUGGUGACUUAGGUUUUUGAUUUUUUAGAAUCCCUUCCGAACACAUGAAGUUGGGGGUUGCCUGGAGGAACAUAGUUCGCUAUGUGCGAACUGACCUGAAAGAAAUUGCGUUUCCUUCAUCUCUUCCUGAUCCACCGUCUUCAACACCGAAACCGAGAAAGUUGACUUUUCAAGAGCACCUGCAGGUGUGGAAAACAGCGAGCAACCUCUACAUACAGAGCUGGAAAACCGGUACAAUUGACGAUGAGGAAUUAGCAGCAAAGAAGGCUGACAAAACUCCAGAAGAUCUUUCAGCCGUGGAGGAAUUAGCUCUUGCGGCUAGAGCGGGAGGUGAAAAGUUGAGGCCUGCACUUCAACGGCUUUACAUGACUAGAGCUGCUGCUUACAGGGAUGCUCUGAGAAGUUUUGUUGAGGGUUAUAGAGAAGGCAUCGCUGAAGUCAUGGCGUCAGAUCCGUUCCAGGGUUUGAAGGGAACCGGACUAGGUAGUGACUUUCAUUCACAAGAUGGACCCUUAAAAGCUGAAAGUACUGCUUCCGAUCAGCCUCUACAGGAAGAGAAAGUGAAGGGGAAAGAAGCUUCGUGAUAUUGGCGUUUACUGGACAUGUGACUCUUUUGUAUCCAGAUGAAUUUUGUAUCAUAACAUGUCAAUGCAAUCCUUGAAGUCCGAUGGUGUUAACUAC